CCACGACAACCCAUCACCACCCUUCAUCUCCUUUGCUAAAAAAAAAUGGCGGGGCCGUUUGCGUCUUUCCUCCCACUUACAAACCCUCGUGCUAACAACGCGAGGCCGCGUGGGAAGAAACACGAACCGUCUCCUCCGACGCCACCCGGCCCUAAACACGAGUGCCAGAGUGCUCCGAGCUCUCUCGUGGAGGUGGAGAUGAAAGAUACUGAAGACGAAUGGUACAGUUGCUCCUCUUCGGAGGGCAGUUUUAGUCCAGUCAAGAAGACGAAGAGCGCCGACCAUAGUAAUAGCCUUCUUACUGUCAUCCCAACGACUCCGGACGCUGGGGCUGAGCUGCUGAAACACAUGCCGGCCUUGUUCGGUAAAGACCUCCCGCCCUGUGGUCUUGAUCUCCAAGUUGCGUACGAGAAUAUCAAUCUCCGGCUUCGCAAGCGCUGGCUCCAGAAUCACGGCUAUGUCAACGUCGUCGACACCUGCCGCUCCAUCAAGAGUGAGCUUGACCGAGACCAGAGAAUAUGGCCGCCGACGCAAAAUCACUCAUUCACGAAGAAGCGUCGACCUUGGCGCCGUGAGAACGUCUUCAAGCGUGAGCUACAGUGGAUUAAGUACUUCCUCCGCGAGGCCCAAGCGCAGUCCCCAGAGCUCAUGACCGAAUCCGAGAUCCUGAAUUUGUCCAAAGAGUCUCCGGUGCCUCUUGAGUUAGGCCUUAGUGUCUCUAGGUCGGAUGUGUUGAAGUUGUGGAAUGAAUGGAAUCGAUUGAAGAGGAUGCCGACUCCUGCUAUGCUGGAUGUUGAGACAGGUAUGGGGCUAGACGGGCUGAUGUUAAAUGGUCGUGUCAAUGGGGAGGCUAACGGCAGUGAUGAAGUUUCCAAGGUGUCCACGGAUUCGCCGUCCAUGACCGCUGUUAGCACGACUGAUAGUGCGGCGAAUGGCGAUGCACAGGUCUGGUCUAGUGGUGGCCAUUCUUGAACAAAAAGAUGUUCCCCUUAGCGUGGGUACGAAGUUAUGAUUCUUUGGCGCAUGGAAAAGAUAUACGGUUUCUGGAAGUUCUGGGAUGGACAAAAUUGUACUUUCGGAACGCUAUGCUAUGCAACGUGUGUGUGUGGCAAUGGCGGGUUGGCUUUGUAAGCAUUGGCGGGUGGGUUACCGUUAUGGGCUCGGCCAGGAGUAAGGAGGACAUCCGUAUCUAAGUUUAUGAUACCCAAAAUGCG